AUGAAAGCAAUUCAUUGGCUCCUCCCGUUCAGCAUUGCCGGCGCGACUUGUCCCAAUUACGCGAUAUGGAUUUCGCAGGAUAGAACUCCACUAAAGGAAACAGUCGGCCGAGCUUUGCCCGACCUUGAUUUUGAGAAGCUCGAGGCACUCAACCCUGGGUACAUCGCCGACAGCGAGUCACACAUGGGCAGAGUAUACAAGAUCCCCUACGAUGAAAGCAUGACCGUAGUCCCCCCGGCGUCUUGGUCCGGCAAUUGUCCCAAAACUCUAGUGUUAGGUAGCGACCGGAAGGACGCAGAGACUCGCUCCUGGCUGUGGCAAAAAUCGAUAGACAUGCGUGCCCGAAACCACCAAGCAGUACCCAGCGCAAUGAUCAUAGUGGCAGGAUCUCAAGAGGGUGGCGAUGACGCUAAAGAGACACGAACGUCCGCCGCAACUGCAACUGGCACCGCGGCAGGCCCAGGGGCAACGGAAUCAAACAGUCCCAUGCAUUGCCGGGAGAAAGCGCUUGCCGUAGAAGAGUUUGAUCUGAGUUCCGAAAAAAGACUUGACUUUGCUGAGACGUUCUGCACUAGGCUCAAGAAUUCCACUCUGACCCCUCAGCAACCUAUAAAGGCAGAGCCAUACGCUGAUACCUUUAUCGGGAUUACUUUGUUGAAUGGCUGCCCCAAGCGCGUUUUUGGAGUGAAGGAAGUUUGGGAGUGUUACGCUAUCAUGAAGGACAUUAACACAAACUGUCCCGAGUUUGGAGGGACGUCCAAGGCUUCUUGUCUCCUUUACUACUUUCUCAAGAGAGAUGAUCAUGUCAGCUCUAUCUCUACUCCUUCAUCUUCCCCUACCCCUUAG